AUGAGCAAUUCCAGCAACAUGAACGCGCUCUCCCCGGAUGAGAUGCAGCGGUUUCAAAAGUUGUCGAAUGAGUUUGAACCGGAAGUCCCAGGACUGCUGGUCUCGCCAAAACAAUCCAGUCAUAGUAUCGCCUUGGAGUAUGCCAACGCCGAUCCAAGCUUUGCCACCAAGACAAAUGCACUGACGAUCACUCACCCCAUGACACGUAUCAUGAAGCGAGAUGGGAAUUGUGGCUGGCGAGCAAUGGCGUUUGGCUACUUCGAGACCUUGUUCUCUCUCCGCGAUAUCUUGCGUGUUGAGCAGGAACGGAUCCGCAUCAAAUCUCUAGCUUAUACUUUAGAUCAAGUGGGCUACGCGGAACAUCUCUACGAGAUGUUCACUGAUGCCACAGACGAGAUGUUCGCGCAGAUUUCCACCGCCAUUCAAAAUAGCGACCCGGACGAGUCAUUUUUGGUCAAUGCGUUCAACGACGAGUACAACUCCAACUCUAUCGUGAUGCAUCUCCGACUUCUCACGAGUGCCUGGAUGAAAUUAAAUCCUGCGCAGUAUGAACCCUUCUUACCCGCUCCUUUGGAUCAAUAUUGUGCCACCGAGAUCGACACAGUGCGGAGUGAGAUUGACCAAGUCGGGUUGCAAGCUCUGACCGAUGGCGUUAUCUCCAAUGCUGGGUUCGGGGUUGAGGUCCUCUAUCUUGACCGCAGUCAGGGCGAUACCGUGACUCCUCAUCCAUUCACACAAACCUGUCCCAGCGAUGCUACCAUUCGUCUUCUGUACCGACCGGGCCACUAUGAUAUCAUUUACCGCGCCGAACAGACGGUGAAUGUGGCACCGGUGGUCAACUUUCAGUAUGCGAUGACGUCGGACUACGCUUCUUGGGACCAGGGAGCUUUGUCCUUUGAUGCCAACCCUCACUUGAUGGCGAUUCCCAACCUGAUGGCGGAUCCGGCCUUUGCCAUGGGCGGCGCGCCCAUGUCGCCCGUGCCUUCGGUGUCGCCAAGCCCCGCCAGUCCAUAUCGACUCUCCCCAACCCAGGAGAUGUACCCGUCUCAAAUGCAAACCAACGCGUUGGUGCCGCCUAUUCCUGUAUCUUCACCCACCCCCUCUUUGCCAUCCGCGGCGCCCCCACCCAUGACGACUCUCCCCAGCCGAUCAACAGAUGGGCCGCAGAUUCGACUGAAUCCCUUGGUGAUGAAACCGAACUUGAAUCAUUUGCCCGUGACUGCACCGUUUAAAAAUUCGCCGUACAAUCAGGCCCAUUUCCGCAAUCAAGAUUUCGAGCCCAUCCACUGGGCUCCUAACGACAGCCGCAAAUAA